GCUGCUGCUGCUGCUGCUGCUGGGGGAGGAGAUGCCAGAGAGAUGCAGGGGUCUGAGGGGCUCAAGCAGCCACACGACGGCAUCGCUCCACGCUUCAUCUCUCCACUCCGCACAAAGUCUGACAGAAGCCGUGGAGCCGUAACAGAGGGUGUAGCUCCAACAUGACAGCUCAGACCCUCUUCCGUGUGACCCCCUCUCCGCACCGGGCAGUCUGCAGCUCCUGAAGGACCAUGUUCUGGUCCCGGUUCCUGGCUUGACGAAAGCGCUUCCAUCCUGAAACAUGCAGAUGUAUGAGGCUCGCUCCUUUGGCCUCGGUUUCAGGGAGAGCCUUGGCGUUCCAGAGGAUGUGGCCGCAGCAGGUUUUGAUGAGAGCGGCGGCGGCGACGGUGGUGGGCGUCGCAAGCGCGAGUUCACCCCCAGCGAGAGAAAAGACGAAAACUACUGGGACAAGAGAAGGAAAAACAACGAGGCGGCCAAGAGAUCCAGGGAGAAGAGGCGAGCGAACGACAUGGUGCUGGAGAGGAAGGUCCUGGGUCUGCUGGAGGAGAACGCGCGCCUGAAGGCCGAGGUGCUGGCCCUCAAGUUUCACUUCGGGAUGAUCAAGGACCUGUCUGACAUGUCCAUUCUGCCACUGCCCACACCACCCAGUUUAACCCAAAGUAACAGCGAUGGUCCUUCAUGCUACAACACCCAUCAGCCCCGGCCUGUGCAGCAGGGUGCCGUCAGGACAGCGGUGUCUCCACAGACCGCCUGUGGAGACUCCAGCGACGGUGCAUGCCCCCCACAGGCAGACAGUACUAACCUUUACGACGACCCACUGGAUGAGUGCGGCAGGCCUCCUCCAACAGAGGAUCCACAGCUCUGUGAGGCAGGGAGUACCAGAUGGGACUCUCCCAAAGCUCUGAGGAGCCUCCCGCACAAGCUGCGGUUCAAAAGUCCACCUGGUGGGGAGAUGUCUUCACCACCUGAUAGUAGACCUGCUGGCCCACCCGUAGCCUUGGUGGAGCCAAGCAUCCAGGUAAAAAACAUCCCACAGGUGGGAUGGGAUGGUCAGGCAGGGGGCCAGGCUCCUUGCCCCAUUGAGGGGGCCUUCGGUAGGUACGAGCAGCAGCAGAUCCAGGCAUCAUCCUGCGGACGCCAGGACUCCUCCUUUCUCCCCAAGUCAAAGGAGAAGUUCUCAGGAGGAGAUGGGAGUCUGAGGUCACACAUCAGCAGUUUGUCCCAGGAGGUGGCUCAGCUCAGGAGGCUUCUCUCUGAACAGCUGCUCCAUAAAAUCCCCUGAACAGCUCGAAUCCAGACGUUGGCAGAGACCUCCUCCGCUCAGGCAUUCAGUUUCUGACCACCUACCUCUGAAGCUCCAACAUGAAUCAGAACUCCUCUUCGUUUCUAUACCUGGAUAAACUAACAGGCCUGACAGUGACUUUUAGAUCAUAGUGACAUACAGAGAAAAUACAUUAUUUAACGCUUAUUGUCACUGUUUUCAGUAUAAUUUAACUACAUGGUUUAUUAGAUAGCUGUUCUUUUCUUUUUGAUUUUAAAAUUUGUAAUCAUUGUCAUUAAAAUGCAAUAUUUGUGUUU